UAGACAUUUUUAAUGCUGACAGACUUUUUUCAUUUCAGAAACUUGACCAUCCUUUCUACAAAGGCAUGCAAUAAGACUAUUUUAGUUUCUUACAGAAAUAAUUAAGGAUAUAUGAUUCCUAACAGAGAGAAUUGAUUUAAUAAAGCAUUUAGUACUUGCUAAACAAGAUGGAAAAAAUAAUAUCAAAAUAUGAUUACGCCAAUGGAAAUGAUGAUACUGAAUCAGCUAUUCAAGAUGAACUUAAUGACCUUGAUAUAGAUGAAAUAGGGGAGACAAUCAAGAUAUCAGACAUUAAAAACAUCAUAAAUAUCUACAUCAAGAAGAUUUGUUCGGAGGAAUUUGUACAGAAAGUACCCAGAGAUUCUCCUGGUUGUUAUAUGGCUACCUCGACUUGUCGGACUCUCUGUGAUCUUAUAGACACUGGUGUAGAGAAAGAGAAAGUGUCAAAAUCAGAUUGUCAUGAUUGUAUGUUUGAUCUGUAUUUGGCCAUUAUACGAGCAGGACCUGGAACAUCACAUUAUGAAGUUCUAGAAAAGAUAGGAGAAUGCAUUGAAAUGGACAACUAUUUAAAGAAUCUAAAAGGAGAAAAACUUCAACAAAUGGCUUCAGCUGUAAAGGAACACAAAUACACCAAAGAAAGCAUGGAGCUGGAGGAUUAUGCAAGUUUGAUGAACUCUUACAUGUCCCGUAUUCCCUCAACAUUUACUGAGGAUAGAGAAGAUAUUAGAGACCCAGAAGUAUGGACUGUUUUCCUAGAUUUAUAUCUUUUCUACCUCCUUCACACAAAAGAUGUUCCAGAUGAAUUACAUGAAGCCCUGGGGUACUGUGGUAAUACUUUCUGGUACCUGUAUGACAGAAACCCAUAUAAAGGAUUUCCAGACACAAAGGUUCUUGGACAGCACAUGCAAAAACUGGCAGCAUUUAUCCUUUCACCAGAGUUUCCCAGGGGCAAGCAGCUUGAAGUGGCGACUGAUUAUGUGGAAUACAUGGCAAAAAUAGAAGGAGACACAUUAGUAGAAGUUUGGCCAGACAUGAUGGCUUUAUUUAAAGCUCUCAGCUUGUGUAAGAAGGCCAGUGAAAUGUCCAAGAUGAUAGAAGGAUUCAAAUACCUGUUUGAUAAGCUGGAUGAUAAAGCUAUUCAGAAGAAUCCUAAGAUCUUUCAGUCCUGGGCAGAAACUGUAACUGAGGUGGUAGAGAAGAUAGAGAAUUUCAGAUUGCUUGAUGAAGUAGUUCCUAGAAUGAUAUCUGAUAUGGAUGAUAAAUAUAAACCAGCCAAAGGAGAUGAGAAGUAUUGGUUUCCUCUACUUAAAGCUAUGUGGUUAGUUCCUACCAAGGAGUUUCAGUAUAGAGUUAAGAAAGUAUUGGAUGAUACCAAGUUCAGACGGAUGUGGAACUGGAAGGAAAAUAUUCAAGAGGCCAAAGACAUGAUAGCUAAUGCAGAGAAAGUAGACCUUCCACUAGAGGGAGACAGUAGGGAUGAAAGAGAGGCUAAUUCUGAAUGUGGCUGUGCUGUCAAAGAACUCAUAGAAAUGUUCAAGAUACUGAAAAUAGAGCACCUUAUUAUGCCUGACAUUGGAAGAAUGUCUUUGUCACGCAUGGAAAAGAGGUCAAUUCUACAGAAUUAUAUGGUCGAACAAUACUUUGGAGAUAUGGACUUUCAGAAAUGUACAGAUGUUCUUCCAGAGUUAGCAAGGCGUUUUGAACCUUUAAUAACAGAUGAAGACUAUCCAUGGCUAGAUAAUUGGGUUCGCAGUAAUGGGGUUGACUUAUUUAACUAUUUUACAGAAUCUUACAAAUCCUCAGAAGACAUACCAGAUGAAAUAAACCAGAUAAUGAUCAGAAUUCUUAAUUUUUGUAUGGAGGAUGGGAGAGAACUGGUCAAUUUAGAGGAUGGUUCAGAAACUGUUUGGGGAAUGUUAAUUCGUAAUGCACAAUCAUUAGUGGCCAAGCAUUGCAAUGGUGGUACUGGAAAAGUUGUAAUACCUGUUUUAGAGAAAUUUCUCAAAUAUCGACACUCAGAAGAAGAAUUCCUGCGAGAAACAUGCACAAAUUCAAUGCGAACAGCUGGUCUCAUAUGUCCUGAAAUAUGUGCUGAUUUUUUUGGACCAUUGUUGGAUUGGUAUAUUGAAGAACCAUUAACGGAUUUGAUGAGUUUUUUUUAUAGAAUUGUUGAACUUAAUCCUGAUGCCUUGAAAAGCAGAAUGGAUAAAUUCCUUGAUACCUGUAAAAAUGAUAAAGAUACAUGGACUCUUCAGAUCCAAGUAUUUUUUGCUCUGUCAAAUAAACACCCAGAGAUGAUAACUCAGAAAGUGGCAGACACAUUGAUGAACUAUCAUUUUAGUGAUAGCGAUAACAGAAUACAAGUCCUGAUGAUAAUGGAGAAAGCCACUAAAGUCAACCCAAGCAUUUUUGAAAAAUAUAUGGACAAGUUGAUUGGAGAUAAAUCAGUUGCACCAAUGGAACAGCAUUUUGUGAAUAAUACAAUCGUGAAUGUGGCAAAGGAAAUUAAGAAAUUCAAAGAUCCUGUAUUCAACUAUCUUAUGAGUGUGCUGAAGGUAGCUACAGACGUCACUCAGGUCUCAGUGACAUUGAUAGGACUACAGGAUAUGUGUGUGGUCUAUGGACCAGAAAUGUUCAGUCCACAUAUGGACUAUCUUAAACAGAAAAAACAGAAUGAACAAAGUACAACUAUUCAACAACAGAUAGUUGCGUUGAUUGAUCAAAUAGAAGGACGAAGUUUGGAAACAGUAGCCCAAGAUGUAAAGGAAACUCAGGAGGAUGUGGACCAAUUAGACGAAAGAGUGACCAGUACAGAGGGGGCUGUAGUAGGGCUGACGACUCGAGUUGAUGAAAAUGAGGAAAACAUUGAAGAAUUAGGAGAGGGGCUUGAUACUGUCACUCAGAGGGUAGACUUUGCUGAGAAACAUAUUGAGGAGACUAACAUUAAAGUGGAAGAAAUUGACAUGAAGACAAUGACCAAUGCACCUCGAUGGUCAAGAGAUUUAACAAAGAUAAUGAAUCCACAAACAGAACAUGAUUGGAGAUUAUUGGCCCAACGUCUUGGUUACAGUAACGAUGACAUCAGAGCAUGGGCAUCACAACAUGACCCUUGUAUGGCUGUUCUCAGUGAAUGGUACGCUACAAACAAAACAAGGGAGGCAAACUAUGCUGUCUUAACAGCUCUACAGGAAAUGAACAGAAUGGAUGGUGCUGCUAUUGUAGAGAAUGCUAUGAAGGCUGUUGUUGAUGUUGUAGAAGAUGAAGAAGUAGAGUACACCUCCCCUCCUGCUGUGUUCCUUAGUUACCAGUGGGGUCAUCAGGAGGAGGUCAAAUUACUCCGUAACCACCUACAAAUGGCAGGAUAUGAAUGUUGGAUGGACAUUGGUCAGAUGGGAGGAGGAGAUAAAUUAUUUGAGAAAAUUGACAAUGGCAUCAGAGGAGCAAAAGUCAUCAUUUGUUGUGUGUCAGAAAAAUAUGCCAAGUCUCCAAAUUGUAAUCGAGAGGUCAAUUUGUCAGUUAACCUGGGUAAACCAAUGAUACCCCUUCUAAUGGAGAAAAUGGCUUGGCCACCUAAAGGAUCUAUGGGACCUAUCUUCAGCGAGUAUCUUUUUGUCAGGUUUUUCCAGAGAGCUGGAGAAGAGACUGAUGAUAACAGAAUUUGGCCUGUUGCCAAGUUCCAGGAAAUGUUGAUGCAGCUGAAUUGUUAUGGUAUUCUACCUGAUGAAACAUUGAUUGAUGAUAUGUACAAACAAUGGUGGAUACCAGUACAGGAAGUUAUAGUGAUAGACAAAAAUAAGAAGAAACAAAGUCAGAGUGAGGCCAAACAGAAAGAAAUCAAAGAUGAGGACAAGAAGUCACCAGAUAUCUUUAUAUCCUACCAAUGGGGUAAACAGAAACAGAUUAUGGCCUUUUACCAGAGAUUGACAGGAAUGGGUCUGAGUUGUUGGAUGGAUAUCUACCAAAUGGGAGGAGGAGACUCAUUGUAUGAGAAAAUAGACUCUGGUGUACGAGGGUGUAAAGUAGUUCUGACAUGCAUCACACAAAAGUAUUCACUCUCAGCUAACUGUCGUAGAGAAGUUAGUUUGGCGGAUGCUUUGAAAAAACCAAUUAUACCAUUGUUGUUAGAGAAAAUGGAUUGGCCACCUUCUGGGCCAAUGAGUAUGGUCUUUACUCAGCUCCUGUUUAUCAACUUUUAUCGUGAUGAAGAGGUACAAAUGACAUGGACUGGACCAAAAUUGGAUGAAUUAAUGGAGAAAAUAGGAGAACAUAUGCCAAUGAUUACACAAGGUGAGGAUAAAAAUGGAGAAAAACACAGCACGAAGGAAGAAGAUGAUAAUAAAAAAUCUAAAAGUGCUGAACCAGAGUCGAAACCAGCUAAGGAAGAAGAUAAUAAUAAUAAAAAAUCUGGAAAUACAGAUACAGAGUCAAAACCAGCAAACCAGAGUAUGUCUCCACGACCGGUCAGUUCCAGAAAUACCAGAGGGGCAGGUGGUCCACAACCAACAGAGAAUAAACCAUCUCCUGUCAAACAACCUAAGCCACUGGCUGCCACCUACACAGUGGCUUCAUCUCCACCAGAGCCAGCGCAGCAAAAUAAACAGAACGCUGCUCCACAACAGGAAAAAGAAAAAAAGAAGUCCAAAUCUUGUACAGUUUUGUAAAUUUUUUAGGAGCAUUUUUAAAUGAUACAGUUUUAUUAUCACAAUGCUUGCGAGACCAGUACUUCAAAAAUUAUUGUACUUAUGUUAUUCUGUAGAAUUUACUAAUAGUCAUGAUAGUAAUUAAUUAUUAGUACUAAGAUGUAAUUUAACAUGACUAUAUAACAUUGUACAUUUUCAGUAUUUUAAACUAUUGUACUAAAUAAUUGUGCAUACGCAAAAGUAUCUAUGAAUUCAAAGGAAGUUCCGCACUGUAUUGUUCACAGCAUUCUUCAAAUAUAUAAAACAUUUCUGAAGAGAAAUAAAGGUGAACAAAAUAUUUAUUUGUUUACAUACUUAAUCUGUCAGGUUUUAUAAACAACCACCCAAGGGUUAAAUAACUUGUCGAGGCCAAUUGUAUAUCUUUACUUUAAGCAUAAUGCUUAUGGAGGUGGUUUUUUAAAUUUGAUAUAAAUUUUACAUAUUCAUUUCAGGGAUUUUUUGAGGGAAUUGA